ACUGUGGAGGUAAACAUGGCGGCUGUCGGACCUCUAGGAAGAGUCGCUAGACUCGGCUCCAGCAUCUGCAGGAACCAUCGUUUAAUAUUUAACAGAAGCCCACAGAGACGAGGAAUAGCUUCAUGUAUCGACCCUGCUCAUGGACUCACAGAUGAACAGAAGGAGUUUCAAAAAGUGGCCUUUGACUUUGCAGCCAAUGAAAUGGCUCCACACAUGGCGGAGUGGGACCAGAAGGAAAUGUUUCCAGUAGAGACGAUGCGAAAGGCAGCCCAGUUGGGGUUUGGUGGGAUCUACGUUCAGCCGGAUGUCGGAGGGUCGGGUCUUUCUCGGCUGGACACGUCGGUCAUCUUUGAGGCCUUGUCCACAGGAUGUGUCAGCACCACAGCUUACAUCAGUAUCCACAACAUGUGUGCCUGGAUGAUCGACACCUUUGGCAACACUGAGCAGAGGGAGAAGUUCUGUCCCAAUCUCUGUUCGAUGGAAAAGUUUGCUUCCUAUUGUCUCACUGAACCAGGCAGCGGCAGUGAUGCUGCUUCACUUCUGACCACUGCACAGCUGAAAGGUGACCAUUACAUCUUGAAUGGUUCGAAGGCCUUCAUCAGUGGAGGAGGAGACACAGACGUCUAUGUUGUGAUGUGCAGAACAGGAGGCAGAGGACCAAAAGGCAUCUCUUGCUUGGUGGUGGAGAAAGGAACCCCAGGCCUCAGUUUUGGCAAAAAAGAAAAGAAGGUGGGUUGGAACUCCCAGCCAACCAGGGCGGUGAUAUUUGAGGAUUGUGCCGUUCCAGUGACCAACCGUCUUGGUGAGGAAGGACAAGGAUUCAGCAUCGCCAUGAAAGGCCUAAAUGGAGGCAGGAUUAAUAUUGCAUCCUGCUCUCUUGGGGCGGCUCAUGCCUGCGUACAGCUAGCGAGGGAUCAUCUGCUGGUACGCAAGCAGUUUGGAGAGACACUCUCCAACAACCAGUUUCUUCAGUUCAAACUGGCAGAAAUGGCCACCAAGUUGGUCGCGUCUCGCCUUCUGGUGCGUGAAGCUGCAACAGCACUGCAGGAGAACCGGCCUGAUGCCGUUUCUAUCUGCUCCAUGGCCAAGCUCUUUGCCACAGAUGAGUGCUUUGAUAUCUGCAACCAGGCUCUUCAGAUGCAUGGUGGGUAUGGUUACCUCAAAGACUACGCAGUGCAGCAGUUUGUCCGGGACAUUAGAGUGCAUCAGAUCCUAGAGGGCACAAAUGAGGUGAUGAGGAUGAUCAUUUCCCGAAAUCUGCUGACGGAGUCAUGAUAAAUCUUUUUCCCUGGAUCUUCAAGUCACUUCAGUAGUGACCAUAUUGUUAUGGUCGUCAUUUCUGGUUUGUUACUGUGUGACUGGUUUCCUGAAAUGUCCUCUGUAUCGUAGGUUUUCUAAAGGUGACAAAGGUCAUUGUAGGAUCUGGGCUAAACCAGUCAGUAAAAUGUAGGUUUUUCUAGUACAAUAUUGGGUCUUUUGUUUCAUUUUUCGCUACACUGGCAGCAAGGCUCUAGGGAUGGCAAUGUUGAUUCAUCAGUCUGUUGUGUAACACUGGUCCAGAGUGAAAUAUCUCAGUAACAAUUACAAGAAAAUUCAUGGUUUUAAGAGGAUGAAUCCAAAUGACAUUGGCAAUUCCCUGACUUUUAAUGUAGUGCCACCUGCAGGUCAAAAUUUCAACAUAUCCAACACUUUUUCUAACCUGGUAGAGCGUGCGCACCAUGUACAAGGCAGAGUCCUUACUGCAGCGGCUUGGGUUCGAAUCCACGCUGAUGAACGCUGACAAUCCCAGUCAAUCCCAGUCUGACAAUGUUCAGCUGAGUCAUAUCCUCGCCACUGUACAGAGGAACAAGACUAAGAGUUUACAGCCAUUCUUAGGCACAGCAGUGCUUUGAGUGAAAUGCUAACGUUGGCAUGCUAACAUGCUCACAAUGACAAUACGGUGUAGUCCCUCAUUUGUCCAGGAGUGUUCCAUCGUAGAAAAGGUUUCAGUCGUAGUCAUCUGGACACUGUUUUCAGAAUCAAGACUCAGAAAUUUAAGCUACUCUGUGUUUUCUCUGUGUAAUUUCUGAGUUCUCAGACCAUUUUCACAAUUGAGAAUGACUUCCGGAUGGGAGCCGAAACGUCUUGAUUCUGAAAACAGUGUCCAAAUGACUACGACUGAAACCUUUUCUACGAUCACGAUCGUGUCUAGCCUAUUAGCAUGCUAACAUUUGCUAAUUAGCACAAAACACAGCUGAGGCUGAUGGGAAUGUCAUUAGUAUUCCAGAUAUUUGGUCAUAAAACAAAGUGAAAAUUUGAACUGAUGGUGGUACUAGAGGAAAAGUUACGGGAUCACCAAAGUUAUUUCAGUUCAUCCUGAGAGGGGCAUGAACGUGUGUAACAAAUUUCAUGGAAAUCCAAUAGUUGUGAAAAUAAUUUCACUGAAAGCCAUAAAGAUCAACCUCAUGGUGGCGCUAGAGGAAAAAUCAGAGGAUCACCAAAGUCAGUGGGAUUUAGCCUCUGGGGACCAUGCACAUCUGUACAAAGUUUCAUGGCAAUCCCUCCAAUAGUUAUUGAGAUAGAUCAGUCUUGACCGACCAACCUAUCGACAUUGCCAUCCCUAGAGCCGUGCUGCUAAAAACCCCUCUUGAUUUUCAUAAUUACAUAGCAUAUUCUCUUGCACUGCCUCCAGCAGUGGUAAUAAUCUAGAAAUUGUUUUGAAAUUGAAAAAGUUUGAUUUUGAUUUUUCAUCCAAAAGUUUUGUUUCCUGUGAAGCUGCUAGUGUGUUUUCUAUAAAAAGCUGCUCUUUACAACAGUUUCACUCAAUUUGUGAAAAGAGUUUUGGAUUAUUUUUUCUCAUUGCUUGAAGGGAUUAAACACCAACUAUAGUGUUAAUAAAAGGGUGAGGUUUUUCUACUGUAUAUCACAUGCUGUCUCAGCACAUCUGUCCCUAAAGUGGCCUUUCAGAUGUUAUUUAUCUUCAUGGUUACUGUAUUAUUACCUUAUUGUGUGUUCUGUAUUAUGUAAAAUGGCUACAGAAAAACAUGCUGUGUUAUUAUUAUUAUUCACAUUUCUGUCAUUUUAUGAUCUGUUUCCACGAGUAAUCAUGUGUUUAUAGGUGAAGUGAUUAUAACUCAGUCAUGCUAAAAUCAAACACUCCAGAACACUUUAUUGAAAAAAUUGUCAACAAUCAAAACUGCAAUAAAAGUGCUACAUGUAGCCUUUCAGCAUCAAAA